AUGGGGAAGGUCAACGAGGACCAAAAGCUGCAGUACCGCACGCAGCCAAGCCGCGGGGUGAGCCUUCCGGGCGGCCGCGCCUCACGGCACACCCCGCAGACACCCCUGGCUCCCCUGCGCCGCACAGUCGUGGGGAAGCCGCGGGAGUAAAUCGAGAGGAGCCGGUUGACACAAUGGCGGACUUUGAAAAGAGCCUACAUCAGGACAUGAUUUCUCAGCUGCAUAAUUUUGCUGCUCUUGGAAAUGCAUCCAAACUGAAAGCAUUGCUCAGUCAUUCUCCAUCACUUAUCAAUGCAGCUUCAGAUAACGGCUGGACAGCCCUGAUGUAUGGUGCCAGAAACGGACACCUUGAGGUUGUGAAGAUUCUUCUUGAAGAAGGGUGUGACAGGUCCAUUGUUAAUAAAUCAAGGCAGACAGCUCUGGACAUUGCAAAAUUUUGGGGGCACAUGCAUAUAGCUAAUUUGUUGUCCAGUGUGAAAGGUGGACCAACGCCUAAUUUUCUGUCAAAUGAAGUGAAAGGGUCUGUAAAUUAUUUUGGCUCGACACUUCUGGACAGAAGGAGUGAUAAAAGAACCAAUUCCGAGUGGUUAAGCAAAAAGCAAAGCCAUCCAACUACAGUAUAUAUCCUCUUCUCGAAUCUAAGUCCUUUGGUUACUUUGCGUGGGGGAGUAGAGAGCUCACAGCAGCCAGAAGUAAAGCUUUGCAGGCUGUACCACAAGGAUGUAGAGCAGUACAUGAACCAAACUGAAGAAAGCAUUUUGAUUUUUCUUGGAGUUGAACUUGAGCUCCACAUGAACCUGCUGGCUGUUCACAAUGGAAGAGUUCUGCAAGAAGAUGAAGAGGAUGGGUUAGUUGCAUGGUUUGCUCUUAGUGUAGAUUCUGCUUCUGCUGAGAAGUUUAAACAGAAUCAUGAGGACUGUUACUUUCUUCAGCCACCACUACCAGCACUACUGCAGCUGCCUGAAAAAGAAGCUGGAGUAGUUGCCCAGGCUAGAUCUGUUCUAGCAUGGCACAAGCGCUACCGAUUUUGCCCAACAUGUGGGAGUGCAACCAAGACUGAAGAAGGGGGUUACAAGAAAACUUGCUUAAAAGAAGAUUGUUGCAGUCUCAAAGGUGUUCACAACACAUCAUAUCCGAGAGUUGAUCCUGUCGUGAUAAUGCAAGUCAUCCAUCCAGAUGGUAACCACUGCCUCCUAGGUAGGAAGAAGACCUCUCCCCCAGGAUGGUUCACCUGUCUUGCUGGAUUUGUAGAACCUGGUGAAACAAUAGAAGAUGCUGUUCGAAGAGAAGUAAAAGAGGAGGCUGGAGUCAAAGUUGGCCAUGUUCAGUAUGUCUCUUGUCAGCCAUGGCCAAUGCCCUCAUCCUUAAUGAUUGGCUGCUUAGCUGUUGCAGUGUCUACAGAAAUUAAAGUUGACAGGAGUGAAAUAGAGGAUGCCCGCUGGUUUUCUCGAGAACAGGUCAUGGAAGUUGUCUUUAAGGGAAAUCAGUGUUCUUUCCUUAUACCACCAAGUCAAGCUAUUGCACACCAGCUGAUAAAACAUUGGGUUGGAAUGAAUGCUAAUCUUUAGUUCAAAUAAUUGAUUUAUUAGAGUUACAUUAUUUCUUCUAGUGAAUGCUAUAUUAGGAAUAAAUUAGAAAGAAUUGUUUAUCUAGUAAAUAUGCCUAAUUUAUUGUGUUCUUGCAAACAAUGCUAAUAGUCUUCCAAAGCAGAAGGUUAUAAAAUAAACUGGGUUUAUUUUUUUAUCCAAAAUACUUCCGCUUUGAAAGCCAGCCAUUUCUUGUCACUAAUUUAAUGCAAUACAUUAAGAAUCUGGUAUUCCUUAAGCCACUAAAAUUAGAGAGGGUUUGUUCAUGCUGUGUAAUAAUAACCUUGCACUCUCCUUUGCUUCUACAAUGAUACCAGAGCAAAAAGAGUACCCACUACAUGUAAAUGUAGAAGAACUAGAAGAAGAUUUGACUGUAAACUAAUGAAAAUUAACUUCUAUUCAACAUAAUCAUUUGUAAAUAAUCUGCAUUUAUCUGCUUCUUAAAGUAUAAUAAUUUACAAGUAACAGAAACAUUUACCGUAACAGAAAAUGAAGUGAGAAAAAAGAUGAGGUGUUUAAGCAGAAAACAAAAUUGAUACUACUAACCAAGCUGUAAACUCGUGUGAUUUAAUAGCAUCUCAUGAAAACUUCUUCAAGUACAGUACUGCUCGCGAGUCCUUUACAAAAUUUGGAUUGGACCUUAUUUCUUAUCUCAUUUUUCAUAUUGGAUAUGUGUAAACACAUUAAAAAUAAAAAUGUCCCAGUGUUGAUACAAUAGCAUUAAUAUUAUAUGUUGUGUUUUGUGUAGAAAUACUGUCAAGUUGGAAAAUAAUUAUCUUGAAUUCUGUAACAUGUGAAGUAAAAAGGGGUGGAUGUCAAUGGACUGAUUAAAGAUAGACCAGGCAUGUUGCUUCAUGGAAUUAAAUAUACUAAUCAGAUUCUGAGCUUAGGAGACAGAAAUAGAAAAAGAAGUGGAGCAAGUGAACAAUGCUGCUCCCUGUUUUAUCUUUCAUUUCAAUUAGGCAAACAAAUCAAUGAAGACUUUUCAGAAAAAAAUUAUAUUUUAUAAAGCCCUACCAAGUUGAGUCAUUAUUUUUCUUACCUGCUUGAAGUGUGAAGACUUGAAGAACUAGUAGUACUUUAUGCCUUCAGUGAUCAGAAGGAUAUGUAUAUACAGCGUAUCGUUGCUGACUGCAGCUGACAAUACAGAAGUCCAAAAAAAAACCCCACUUGAACUUGUUAUCCUAUUAAGCAUUAUUAAGAUAGACACCCCACUCUUUAUGAGCUUAGAAAAGCAAACUAAUCACAGAGAAUCCAUAUUGGCAAACAUCUGAGGAAAAUGAAUGUUGGCUUGUAGAAGCAGUAAGUAUAAACAUCUUUUUUUGUUUGUUUAUUUUUAAACUGACACUUUGUCAAGUAGUACUCUCUAUGUCCCAGUUUUUAUAACUCAUCAUAGAAUAAAAUAUGGGAU